AUGAAGAUGCUCACUGGUUUGCUACUGGCAGCCAUGAUGGCUAUCGCAUCCGGGCAAAACUAUCGUCUUGCCAUACCUCUCAAGGUCGAGCAGUCUUAUUUUGCGUACCAGUUGAAAAGUUUCCGUCAAGCCUUGGAUGAAUGUGCUGAUGUUUUGGCAAUUCCUCUAGAAGUGGUAGACCGUUUUGCUAAGCACAGCUUCGCAACAAAUGAACCGCCGCUGAGAUGUUUGGUUCGAUGCGCUGGAUUGAGCCUUGGAUGGUGGAACGAUACAGCAGGAAUUCAGAGUACAGUGAUGGAAAGCUUUUUCCAGCCAGCACUUGACGAUGCAUUUUACGCCGGACGAACAAGAGAGUGUAUUGAUGCCAAGAGAGCUGUCUGCCUCGAUGACUGUUCCAGGGCAUAUGAGACCUUUCUGUGUUUUUUCCAUCAGUACGGAAAGCUGAGGUUCUCCAGAGAAUAUGUUCCACUGACAGCGCUCGAAGCUGUCCAAGCUGCUGUAGAUUGUAUUAACAUUCUACAAAUUUCUCCUGAACUGAUCGAGCAAUACAGCAGAGGAAUUUUCCCCGAGUGUCAGGAAACGAAAUGUUUGUAUCGUUGCCAGUACUUGGCUGAAGGUUUGUACGACACCCGACAUGGAUUCGACUUGCGUCGACUUUAUGCUCGGGAGCAUAAGAUGCCGGAUCUGCAACUUCUAAACGAAGGCACAAAGAUUUGUACGGAUUUAGCUUUGAGCGAAGGUUGUGACGAGUGCACUAGAUUCUAUCGGGCCCACAAGUGUUUCGACCGGUGUGGAGAAUCCGAUCACACUGCGGCCAUAUUGGUACAAGCAUCCUGGGUUGUUCUGGAACAAAACACUUGCCAAAACUUCAAUCCGUUCUAUCUUUUUCCACCGUAUGCUCCUCUUCAGCCGCACGUUCCAUUAAAGCAAUACAUUCCACGGUAUUUGAAUCGAAUUGUACUCAAUAAAAGUAACAAAAUGUGCACUCGCAAAAUAAAGAAAGAAGUGUAA